UACAACACCCCGACUUCACCAUCUUAUUACUCGUCUCUAUAACAUAGCACAAUAUGGGGCUAGCUCUAGUAGUCAGAGCUCUUCUGCUUCUGCAGCUUACGCAGUUGUUACUGAGCAGCUUCGUCGUCUCAGAUCCAAUUUUGCCUCAGGCUUCUCCUCCUAGUUACCAUGCAGUUUCACCUGUAAAGCAACCUACUCCCCCGCCAAGCCACCACCACCACCACCACCAUCACCCCCAUCCCCAUCCACCCAGCCCCGCACCGACCAAGCCCCCAACCUAUCCUCCUAAAGCCCCGACUCCUGCACCACCGAAGCCACCAGUUCACCCAACGCCCAAGCCACCAGUUCAUCCUCCAACAAAGCCACCGACCACUAAACCACCCACUUACCCACCACCCAAGCCACCAUCCACCAAAACACCGACAUACCCGGCACCCAAGCCACCAGUUCAUCCUCCUACUAAGCCACCAACUACCAAACCACCGACAUACCCUGCACCCAAGCCACCAAUUCGUCCUCCUACUAAGCCACCAACCACCAAACCGCCUACUUACCCGGCACCCAAGUCACCAGUUCAUCCUCCAACUAAGCCACCAUCUCCUCCAGUCCAGCCACCGAGUUACCCUAAACCUCAAAUCAGUAAUGUGGCAGUGCAGGGCGUUGUUUAUUGCAAGUCAUGCAAGUACGCUGGAGUCGACACCCUUUUGGGAGCUAAACCAGUUCUUGGUGCCACUGUAAGGCUAGCAUGCAAGGACUCUAAGAACAAUCUAACCGUCCAGUUCACGACCGACAAGAAUGGCUAUUUCUUCCUUAGAGCACCGAAUACCAUCUACAAUUUUAGCCUGCGCAACUGCUCGGUCUCCCUCAUAUCAUCACCGUUGAAAUCAUGCAGCACACCAUCUAAUCUGAACGGUGGACUGAAAGGCACCCCCUUAAAGCCCGAGAAUUCAUCUACUUCAAAGAAGCUCCCAUAUGUUCUCUACAGCGUUGGACCAUUCGCUUUCGAGCCCAAAUGUCACUAGAACUAUAAAUCUACAAUGCCACUGUUGAGCUCUCGCUCUUUUUCAAUUGUUAGUUUAUAUGUUCCAAGUCUCUCGGUUUUAAUGUAAUUUCAUCUUGUUGUGUGUGUUGCUAUGGGUGACAAUAAGUUAUCGUGAUAUUUAUGAAAAUAGAUUAGUACUGUAGAUGAAUUAAUGAAUAAA